AUGUCUAGACGGUUAAAGAGAACGAAUCUCUUCAGUAAGGAUAUAAGUUCAUUACUAUACGCUUAUGGUGAUGUUCCUCAACCACUAACUGAAACAGUACAAUGUAUAGACGAGUUGGUUUCGCAGUAUCUAGUUGAUAUAUGCGCUACAGCUUCACAAACUUCUCAAAAUUCGAGUAGGAAUAAGAUUAAAUUAGAAGAUUUCAGAUUUGCCAUACGAAAGGACCCAAUCAAAUUAGCAAGGGCAGAAGAACUGAUUGCCACGAAUAAAGUCAUUAUAGAAGCUAAAAAGCAGUUUAAUGAAACAGACAACCAGUCUUUGAAGAGGUACAGAGGACAGGAUAACGAAUUUGAAGAUGAUGAUGAAGAUAAUGAUAUUGAAGGAGCUGCCAAUGAGGAAGAAAACGCUAGUGUAAGGCCUAAAAGAAAGGAUGCGGCAAAAACUGGAGGGAAGGUCAAGGCAACUGCUGCGAAGACUUCGAAGAACAAUAAAGACGAUGCAGAGUAA